UUUACUACGUUCUGUUCUUCUGUUUCUUAUUAAUUACUCAAUUUUUAUUUUAUCAACAAAGAACAAAAUAAAAGAAUACUUAUCAGAUAUCAGGGAUUUUGCACCGCAAAAAAGAUUAAACAUUGAUAACAAUAAAAUAACUGUGCAUUAGUUACUUUCCUACCUUCAAUUGGGGUAGAAAUUAAGUUCUUUUUUGUUUGUUUUGAGUUUUGUUUAAAUUAAGUUUUUAGUUUUCAAAAAUGGAUGUUUUUGAAGUGCUAAUUUUCUUCCUGAUACCUUUUAUUUUGUUUUGCUUGUGUGGCUUCUGUUGCAGAUCUAAAAAGAGGGGCAUAAUCUUUUCAACUCCUGUUGUCGUAACUUCAGCAACGCACACAGCGCCCGGAGGCUACCCCGCUGGUGUUCAAACUGUUUCGGUUUAUCCGACUUCUAGUUCAGGCUAUCAACAGGCGCCUUAUCCACAGCAAGCACCAUAUCCAGUUAUGGGAGUACCAACAGCAAUGCCGAUGCCAAUGCAACAUGCUCAAAUGAAUCCCAAUCCAAUUGGAAUUAAUCAACAUAUUAAUCCACCGUAUCCGACGGCAGCGGCACCUUAUCCACCAAACACCAACUAUAACUACAGUAUGAACCCCCCAUCAUAUGACAGCGCAGUAGGUCCCAACCAACCCGCAUACGAAAAACAAGCACCUUACAAUCCAGGCUACACGGGAGGAUAUUAAAAACAAUCUUUGAACACAAAAUACUUUUAAAACCAAAUUAUUGUUUUUUUUUUUCAUUUUAUAAAUUGCAUUCCUAAAUUAUGCAAACGAGAAAAAAGAAGAUAUGAUCAAUGUGGCAUAUUUGUAUUUAUCCAUCGAUUUUUAAGUAGGUAUUUUUAAAAUACAUAUGUUUUUAUUUUAUCAUAUGGAUUGUGAGAAUGAUAAAAUGUUCAAAAUUGAAUUUGAACUUAUUCAACAAAAAUACUUGUUUUUUACCAUUAAAAUAAGAACAUGAAUUUUCUUUUUAUUUAAGAACAAAAAAGUCCUUGUUGUAAGAAACUAUAAUUGAGACUGUUUAGUCAGUGGUUACCUCUUACCUUUUUAUAGAAGAAUAGGCACAAACUUAUGUAAAUAAAUCCUUAAAAGUUUUUUUUGAGAAUAAUUAGUAUGUAAUUUUUAUUUUUUUUAACUACAUAGCGAUGAAUUAAAGUUAAAAAAAAACACA